AAUUGGCGUUGCCACUCCGCUGGCACACGUGUUGAGCGGAUAAACAAAUUGUUGAGCUCGAAAGUCGAAGCGAAUUCCGUAAUUCCGCCGAAUCCUGACAAGAAAUAGUCAUGCCGCCCGACAUCGAGAUCAUAGUGGGCACCUACGAGGAGUACCUGCUGGGCUACCAGCUGACAGCGUCGCCGGAGGACACCACUUCGGCAAAACUGCAACUAAAACAGACCUUUGCGGACAAGUCGCACGCAGGAUCUAUUAAAUCGGUGGCGGUUCAAGGACCCUGGGUGGCCAGUGGCGGCAGCGAUGACAGGAUCUUCGUCUACGACAUGCGGACGCGGAAACAGUCGCAGAUCCUGCUGUCGCACGCUGGCACAGUGAAUACGCUGCAAUUCUCGCCGGAUCUGACGCACUUGCUCUCGGGGAGCGCCGAUGGCCACAUGAUAGCCACCCGCGUCGGCAGCUGGACCACAGAGGGGGACUGGAAGAAGGCCCACGCCGGUCAGUCCGUCACCCACAUCAGUUGCCAUCCCAGCAGUAAAUUGGCCCUCUCCUUGGGCGGCGACCUGGUGCUGAACACAUGGAAUCUGGUCAAGGGACGUGUGGCCUACAAGACCAAUCUAAAGAGCAAGACCACGCUAGGCAGCCAGCCGGAUUGCCUGUCCUGGUCCACCCAGGGUGACCACUUCACGCUGAGCGGACCGUUGUAUCUGGAGAUCUGGGACAUCAAGAACGCUCAUGUGGUGCGGCGCUCCAAGAUGCCAGCGAAGCCCAUUUGCGUCGCUUGGCUGGAUGGGAACGAGUGCCUGGCGGGUUUGGAGAACGGCAGCAUUGCCUGGAUUUCCCUCAAGGAUGAGGAAGAGGCUCCACCAACUAUAAUUCCUGCACACGAGGCGAGGGUCAAGGCCAUGGCCUAUCUGAACGAAUCACUGGCCACAGUCUCUAGCGCAGGAGAAAUCAAAGCCUGGAGAAUCGAUCUCGAAAAGCGCGAGUUGGAGGAGAUUGCCAGCACGAACAUGGACUGCCGACCCACCGGCUUGGGACUGCUGGAUCUCAGCCAGUUCGGUAACGCUCGUCCGCUGGAGCAGCGCAUCAAAGUAGAGAGCAAAGCGAAGGCCAAAGCGGAGCCCGGCCAAUCUUCCAAGCCAGCGGCACCACGGGGAUUCGUGACCAUCGAGUACGAGCAGGAUGAGAAGCAGGAGGCCGAGGAAGAGUCGGCCACCAUCCCCAAGUCUAAGCCCAAGCAAAAGAAGAAAGAAGCUAAAAAGGCGCCCCAGCAGGAACCUGAGGAAUCCUCCGAGGAAAGCAAUUCCUCGGAUGGGGACAGCGAGAGCUUUUCCGACAGCGACAGUGACGCCUCCGAUGAUGGCGGCCGCCGGAAGAGGAGGCCACCCAAGCGGAAACAGCCGCCUACUCCAUCCUCCAAACGAAAAGUCAAACAGCAGAAAAAUAAGUAAUUCCUUAAUAAUGUUUAGUUCCACACUAUGUUAUGACUGUCAAUAAAGUUGAGUUAAUUUAGAAAUA